AUGGAUGUGGUCCUGCUCCAUGGGCUGCUGCUCCUCGUCGCCUUGGCAGUGCUGCUCUACUGGUACAAUGCCACCUUCCGCUACUUCUGCAAGGUAGCCUUCUUCAACUGCUGGAUUGUUACCAUGGCCACCGUACUGUCCCCCUUCGUGGCUCUUCGGGGACGUUCUGUGGAGAAUAUGAAGGUCCUGCGCGCCGUGAUCCUGCCCCUCAAACACUUCUAUGGCAUCAAGCUGCAGGUGCAGGGCUCCGAGCAUCUGAACACCGAGGGGCCCUAUGUGAUAGUUUGCAACCACCAAGCUUCCCUUGACCUGCUGGGCAUGGUGGAGGUCAUUCCCGACCGCUGCGUGCCCAUCGCCAAGAAGGAGCUCAUGUACCUGGGCACCGUGGGGUGGGCCUGCUGGCUCACUGGCAUCAUCUUCAUCGACCGCCACAGAAGAGAAGAUGCAAUCGAUGUCAUCUCCCAGACGGCCAGGACCAUGCGGCGUGAAAAUCUCCGAGUGCUGGUUUACCCCGAAGGUACCAGGAACCCAGAUAAACCCAUGCUGCCCUUCAAGCGUGGGGCUUUCCACUUGGCUGUGCAGGCUCAGGUUCCCAUUUUCCCCAUCGUGAUCUCCCCAUACCGGGACUUCUACAGCUCCAAGGAUAAGAAAUUCACCACUGGGACGUGCACCAUUCGAGUUCUCCCCAGGGUAGAAACCCAAGGCCUGAGCCCAAAAGAUGUCCCUGAACUGACAGAGAUGGUCCGACAGACCAUGGUUGAUGCCUUCGCUGAGAUGUCUGCAGUUUGCUGUGAGGACCAGCACGCUGAGCAGACCCUGCUCCCGCGCAGUGCUGGGGCUGGCAGGGGGCCGGGCAGCCCGCAGCGGGAACAGGACACAACGGGGACCAGCAAUUAG